CACAUAUUGAUCGUAUUGCAUAUUCACUCAUCCGUAUUUGUCUGUGAACAAUUAAACAGUAAACAUUCAACCUCCAAAUUCACCGUGCGUUCCAUUACUUUUUUUUAUUAAUUUACGAUUGAAUGAAAUUGUCAUGGACGCGGUUCAAGAAACAACUAAUCGCAUCGAUGAUGGAGCAACCGUUUCAUCAAACCUGAAUCAGAGGAACGUUGUCACUGAAUUGUCACUUGCAGAACUACCGAAUUCCACCAGAACGAAACUCUACGAUUUGAAUGAUGACUGUCUUCUAGAGAUAUUUUCAAGCAAUUCAUUGAGUCAAGAGGAUUUGUGUUCACUGGCAGAGACGUGUAGACGUUUCAAAAAACUAACUCAACUAGUCUUUUCAAAGGAGUUUGACAUCAAGGGACUCCGAUUCGACUUUCAAUCAAGAAAUAUGAUCAGAGAUGAUGAAACUACGACAUAUCGAAUUUUAAAGAAUUUCGGAUCAGGCCUUACCACACUUUCGAUAUGCGGAGUUGGCCCGGUUGUAAAUUCAGUGUCAAAGUAUUGCGAAGCCGGAACGCUAAAACGAUUAGAAUUUCGUUCGAUUAAUGUUGCUGACAGCUUUGCAGUUGCUUUGAAACCGAUUUUUCAAAAGCUGCAUACACUUCAUAUAACUUAUGCGCCCAUUGAAUGCUCUGAGAAUGUAUUUGUCAACUGUGAUUCACUGACAGAGCUGGAAAUUACUUCAACACCAAACUGUAGUGCAAUUCUUAAGAACACGUUUCCUAACUUAAAACGAUUCAGCAUUGGAAGAUCUGAAAGAUUCCAAGAUUAUUUCUCUCUUGCGGACCUCGACGAGUUUACCAACAGCGAUACUUUGUUUACCUUUAUUGGUCGGCAUGGGUGCCUGAAAGUUCUCACGUUGAACGCAGGGUGUGUAUAUCGUAACUGUAACUUUACGGAUGUAAUCGGAAAGAGUUGCACGGGAUUGGAGGAACUAACAUUACGAAACUUCUACAGUUACGACAGUCCAUCCAAGUUUACACAGCUGCAAGGUCUGACAAAAUUAAGGAUGCUGGAUAUUGAUGUUAGGCUAAUUAAUCCAAAGCAGUUCAAAUCAAUCUUGACAGCAUUAAAAUCGUUAGAAACUGUUAAAUUAUCGCGUAUGUGUAUGUUCGAUGUUGGCAUUGUUCAUGUCUUACCGAGUCUAUCAAAACUGAAGAAUUUGCGUGAAUUACAUUUGAUAAAAUGCAGGAGGGGUAUAGCGAUAGCGAGUAAUCAUCCCAUUUCAUGGACUAUGCUCUCUCAAUUGAAAAAGAUUCACAUAACCGAGUCAAAUUCUGUUUCUCGAUACUCUACUGCCGAAAUAUUAAACCAACUGACCAAUUUAGAGGAGUUGGUAGUAGAUAAUGUAAGGAUUAAAUAAAGCAAAAUACUUUUGUUGGACAUUCUCAAAACUGUUGAAGGAUUGUACAAACGAAGGCUUUAGAAUUUGAGUGGACUGGAUAUUUGAAAUAAAUAAAAUGGAAUAAAACAUCU